AUGGCGACCCUGUAUCCUCCCCCCAGCAAGCGCCAAAAGCUAGUUCAGGCUGAUAAGGCCCGUGAGCAGCAGGAAAUUGAGAGUAUCCCGUCCGAUUUGGGUAGUGUUCGAGUUCAAUUCUUCGACCAGGCAACCGGGCAGCCCACCGGGCCUGCGGUCUCAGUCCCAGUCGCCGAUGCCAAUGUGAAGAACCUCGAGACUCUGCUAAACACAUUACAAGGAAAUGAGGAUGAUGGGCGAGUACCAUACCGAUUUGCCUACCAUUCUGAAAAAGAGGAACAAACGAUCGACAUUCUCCGCGAUGUGUACCACUCCCUACUCCAGCCCGGGAUCAAGACCACUGAAGAUACGGUAUCGCUCUUCUACACACCGCAGGCGGUUUUCCGAGUGAAAGCCGUUUCACGAUGCGCGGCCUCCAUCGCGGGCCACGGCGAAGCAAUUCUAGCAACAUCCUUCUCCCCAGUCUCGUCCUCUACCAUGGUCUCCGGAAGCGGAGACUCAACUGCUCGUGUCUGGGACUGUGACACUGGAACCCCGAAACAUACGCUCAAGGGCCACACUAGCUGGGUGCUGGCAGUCGCAUACUCGCCGAACGGCGCCAUGAUCGCGACCGGCAGCAUGGAUAACACCGUGAGGUUCUGGGAUGCAAAGCAGGGCACAGCACUAGGCGGAGGACUCAAGGGACACGCAAAAUGGAUCACGAAUCUGGCCUGGGAGCCAUACCACGUGCAGGAGUCCGGACGGCCGCGUCUGGCGUCUGCCUCCAAGGACUCGACGGUGCGCGUGUGGGACGUCGUCUCGAGAGUAACUGACCAUGUGCUCACCGGCCACAAGUCGUCGGUUACUUGCGUGCGAUGGGGUGGUACUGGCAAGAUCUAUACUGCAUCCCACGAUAAGACCAUUAAGAUCUGGAAUCCCAAAGACGGCACGCUACUCCAGACCCUGGCGGCGCAUGCCCACCGUGUCAAUCACCUUGCGCUGUCGACAGACUUUGCUCUUCGCACCUCCUACCACGACCACACUGGCAAGGUCCCUGCGACCGAGGCUGAGAAGGUGGCCGCUGCGCGCAAGAAGUUUGAGGAGGCGGCGACGGUGAACAGCACUAUCGUCGAGCGGUUGGUAUCGGCCAGUGACGAUUUCACAAUGUAUCUUUGGGAGCCGUCCACUUCGAGCAAGCCCGUCGCACGGAUGCUGGGCCAUCAAAAAGAGGUGAACCAUGUCACGUUCUCGCCUGACAUGGCCUAUAUCGCCUCAGCCGGAUUCGACAACCAUGUCAAACUAUGGAACGGCCGUGAUGGAAAGUUCAUCACCACCUUCCGCGGCCACGUGGGCGCAGUCUAUCAGUGCUGUUUUUCAGCAGACUCGCGGAUGCUAGUAUCCUCGUCUAAGGACACUACUCUCAAGAUUUGGGACCUGCGCACCGGCAAGCUCAAGAUGGACCUUCCAGGACACAAGGACGAGGUGUUUGCCGUCGACUGGAGUCCCGAUGGACAAAAGAUCGCCAGUGGAGGCAAAGACAAGGCGAUUAAGAUCUGGCGGAACUAG